AUGCUAAAAGAAACAAAUAAAUUAAUAAAUGAGGUUAUAUUUAGUCUUUUACUUAUAUCUAGUGAAGUGACAGAAAAAGAAUUACAAGCACUUAAUUUGAUAGUGCAUUCAUUUGCCUUAUAUGUAAAAUUGAAAGAAAUAUAUUAUUAUUCACGAAUAGGAAUUGGAUUCAAGAAAGAAAAAGCAACAGUUAAGAAUUGUCAAAAUUAUGAACCAAUGUCUAAUACGUAUCAAGAAGUUUGUAACGAUAAUAUUCACGAUUUAUGUUACAUGUUUAAAAAUCUUUCUUAUCAAACACAUCAUGAGGAAUUUAAAAAUAAGUUUUUAUCAAUGACAUUAAAAAAUAAUCUUAAAAACACUAUUUCUAAAAACAUUAAUCUAUAUAUUAAUGAACUUUCCAAGCAAUGCCAUUAUUUAACCUCAUUUGAAUCUGAACUUGUACACUCUUAUUUUAAGAUACGAGAAACAUGUGAUUCUUCUAUAAAAAAUAAUGAUCAAGUAACAGAAAAUAAUUGCAAUUUGCUAAAAGGGGAAUGUACUAAAAAAGAUAUUUCGACUAUAGAAUAUCUAAAGAAAAAUAUUCUAGAAAACGAAACUCCACUUCCUUUGAGAAGACCAUAUCUUACCACUCUUCUAGGGUUUGUCAUUUCCAAAAUGAGGAAUGAUAAUUUCCAGGGUAAAUGCACAAAUCUUGAUGCACAUUGUAGUAAAGAUAAAAACUAUAAAGAUGAAUAUAAUGAAAUACUUCAUGGAAUAAGUCUUAUGAAAAAGGCAUUCUUAUUACACUAUGAAGCAACACGAACAUUAUAA